AUGAACUUUGGAAACCAAGCUCCCACAAUAGUUGUGCUGAAAGAAGGUACAGACGCCUCUCAAGGUCGCGGCCAGAUCAUAUCGAAUAUCAAUGCGUGUUUGGCGAUCCAAGAUACCCUCAAGCCCACCUUGGGCCCACUUGGAUCUGACAUCCUGAUUGUGUCGAGCGAUGGCAGGACGACCAUCUCGAACGAUGGUGCCACCAUCCUGAAGUUGCUGGACGUUGUGCACCCCGCUGCGAAGACACUGGUUGACAUUUCCAGAGCGCAGGAUGCGGAAGUCGGGGACGGGACCACGAGUGUGACGAUCAUUGCCGGUGAGUUGAUGAAGGAGGCGAAGCCGUUCCUGGAGGAGGGCAUUUCCUCGCACACGAUCAUGAAGGGUUACCGGAAGGCAGUGCAGCUUGCGGUGAAGCGGAUCAAGGAGCUAGCCGUCGACAUAAGUGGGGACAAGGUGAGCAGAGAUUUGCUAGAGCGCUGCGCCAGGACGGCUAUGUCAUCGAAAUUGAUUCACCAGAACGCCGACUUUUUUGUAAAGAUGUGUGUGGAUGCCGUUCUCUCGCUGGACCAGGAAGAUCUGGACGAAAAGCUGAUCGGCAUCAAGAAGAUCCCUGGCGGUGCAAUGGACGACUCCGUGUUCGUGAACGGUGUGGCCUUCCAGAAGACAUUCUCUUACGCUGGGUUUGAACAGCAGCCCAAGCGGUUUCAGGACCCCAAAAUCCUGUGCUUAAACAUCGAGCUGGAAUUGAAGGCCGAAAAGGACAAUGCUGAAGUGAGAGUGGAGCACGUAGACGACUACCAAUCUGUUGUGGACGCAGAAUGGCAGAUUAUAUUAGACAAGCUGAAGCAAAUUGAGGACACAGGUGCGAAUAUCGUCCUGUCCAGAUUGCCAAUUGGCGACUUGGCUACACAAUACUUUGCGGACAGGGAUAUCUUCUGUGCGGGUAGAGUUUCCACGGAGGAUCUAAACCGUGUGAUUCAGGCCACUGGCGGCGCCAUUCAGUCCACGACCAGCGACAUACGGGUUGAGCACUUGGGCACUUGCGCUACGUUUGAAGAGAUGCAGAUCGGCUCUGAGCGGUACAACUUGUUCCAGGGCUGCCCAGAGGCGAAGACCUGCACGUUGUUGUUGAGAGGUGGUGCCGAACAAGUGAUCGCCGAGGUUGAAAGAUCCCUUCAUGAUGCCAUAAUGAUCGUCAAGAGGGCGCUACAAAAUAAGCUCGUCGUGGCCGGCGGUGGCGCCAUAGAGAUGGAAAUAUCCAAAUAUUUGCGGGACUACUCCAAGACUAUCGCUGGCAAGCAGCAGCUAAUCAUUAAUGCAUUUGCAAAGGCCUUGGAAGUCAUUCCAAGACAGCUUUGCGAAAACGCGGGGUUUGACGCCAUAGAGAUACUGAACCGUCUCAGACUUGCGCACAGCAAGGACGAAAAAUGGUACGGCGUCGACUUUGAAACCGAGAACAUCGGGGACAACUUCGCCAAAUUUGUGUGGGAGCCAGCUCUAGUCAAGAUCAACGCGCUAAGCAGUGCGGCAGAGGCCGCCAACCUCAUCCUCUCGGUCGACGAGACCAUCAAGAACAAAGAAAGCGAGGGCGCGAACGCCGGGAUGACCGGCCCGGGCGCUAGAGGCAGAGGCAUCCCAAUGCAUUGA